AUGGACGAUGAGGAUCCGUCUCCUUUGCGUCGUUUCGUUGAAGCGAAGCGUUCGAUCACCUCCAUCUUUGAUCAGCUGCUGGACUUUGUGAAGGACGGCUCUGCAUUUGUGGACGAGGCCGGGCGGAGCGAUGACCUGGACCCGGCGGCGCUGGAGCAGCAGAGCGUGGAGGUGCGGAGCUGCGUCUCCAAGCUGAGGACCAUCAGGGACGUCCUGCUGCGGAGACACAUGAAGGUGGCGUUCUUCGGCAGAACUAGUAACGGGAAAAGCACGGUGAUCAACGCCAUGCUGCGUGAGCGCGUGCUGCCGAGCGGCAUCGGCCACACCACCAACUGCUUCCUGAGCGUGGAGGGGACGGACGGGGACCAGGCCUACCUCCACACCGAGGCGUCCCCCGAGAGGCGGAGCCUCACUACGGUGAACCAGCUCGCUCACGCUCUCCACAUGGAUCCGACUCUCGAGUCCGGCAGCCUCGUCCGAGUCUUCUGGCCUCAGAGCUGCUGCGCUCUGCUGAGAGACCACCUGGUGCUGAUGGACAGUCCUGGGACAGACGUGACUCUGGAGCUGGACAGCUGGAUCGAUAAGUUCUGUCUGGACGCUGACGUGUUCGUCCUCGUGGGAAACGCGGAGUCGACGCUGAUGAACACGGAGAAACUUUUCUUCCACAAAGUCAGUGAGAGAAUUUCAAAACCGAAUAUCUUCAUCCUGCUCAACAGAUGGGACGCGUCAGUGAGCGAGCCCGAGUACAUGGAGAAGGUGAGGAAGCAGCACGUGGACCGCUGUGUGAGCUUCCUGUCGGACGAGCUGAGGACACUUGCUGUGGACGAGGCUCCGGGGAGGAUCUUCUUCGUCUCUGCUAGAGAAGUCCUGAGCUCCAGGAUGCAGCGGGCGCAGGGCAUGCCUGAGACAGGUGAGACGGGUGAGACAGGUGAGACAGGGGAGACAGGUGGCGCUCUGGCUGAAGGCUUCCAGGACCGACUGAGGGAGUUCCAGAGGUUUGAGAGGACGCUGGAGGAGGUCAUCUCUCAGUCUGCGGUGAAAACCAAGUUCGAGCAGCACGCGGUGACGGCGCGGCAGGUCAGCCAGCUGGUCACAGCUGUGAUGGACGACAUCAACAUCGCCUCCGCGGACAGGAAGAUCUGCUGCCUGGAGGAGCGGGAGGAGCGGAGGGAUCGGCUGGACUUUGUCCGAGGACAGAUUCACCACCUGAGGGACGACGUCCGGGACAAGAUCAAGACUCUGAGUGAGGACGUCUCUGCCAAGGUGACCUCAGCUCUCUCAGAUCAGACCUGUUCACUUCCUGUCCUGGUGGAGGAGUUCAGGUGCGACUUCAGUCCGACACAUGAGAAUCUGCAGAUCUAUAAAACCAAGCUGCUGCAGCACGUGGACGAGCGGCUGGUCGGCUGCUUGGCUCACCGCUGCUCCGCCGGCGUCCUCAGAGACAUCAGAGACGCCCAGAGACACAUGAUCGACGGCGUCCGUCCUCUGCUGUCUCCGUCCGUCCAGGAGCAGCUCUUUGCUCCGUCCUCCUGCUUCGAGCUGACCUAUGACCUCGGCCUGGCCGUCCUCUGUGCAGACUUUCAGGAGAACAUCGAGUUUCAGUUCUCUCUGGGCUGGACCGCCCUGGUCUCUCGCUUCAUCGGCGCCGCCAACGCCAAGCGGGCGCUGAGCGGCGGCGAGCCGCGGCCUCAGGAGGCGUCCGGCUUCAAGGAUGAGGUGGUGGUUUCCAUAGCAACAGGCCUUGCCUCUGUCACCUCCCGAGCGUCCAUGACAGUGCUGGUGAUCGGUGGAGUGGUGUGGCGUUGUGUGGGCUGGCGUCCCCUGGGCGUGUCCCUGUCUCUGUACGGUCUCUUGUACCUGUAUGAGAAACUGACCUGGACGGACGCCAGCCGGGAGCGUGUCCUGAAGCAGCAGUUUGUGGAGCACGCCGCUCGCCGCCUCAGAACCGUCAUCCCCGUCACAAGCUCCGCCUGCAGCCAGCAAGUGUGCAAGGAGCUGAUGGCGACGCUCGGCCGGUUGAGUGAGCGAGUGGAGCGGAGCUCCGCCCAGCUGGAGGGACACGUCCGCCAGCUGAGCCUCCGGAUCCAGAGGCUGGAGAACAUCCAGAGGAGGUCCAAGGCCUUCAGGAACAGAGCCACGGAGCUGGAGACUCAGCUGGACUCCUUCUCUGCUCGGUUCCUGACGGGAAACUGA